AUGCAAAAUACACCGGAAGAAACAAAAUCUGGUUGGUUAACAAAACUUGGAGGUAAUGCUUUAAGGAAAACAUGGAAACGUCGCUGGUUCGAAUUGAGGGGUAAUUUCUUGUAUUAUUAUCGACAAAAGAAUGAUAAAAAACCAUCAGGAGUAAUUAAUCUUUCCACUUAUAAUUCAAUAAGCCAAGAUUCAACAAUUACUAAAAAAUCACCUAAUUGUAUAAGAAUCGAAAAAGUAAUUAGAGAAUCUGAUUUAACUUAUUGUGGCAAAUCAAAUAAUAAUUCUUGUCCAUUUGCUGAUACAGAAACAGAAAUGCAAGAAUGGAUAAAUAUCUUAGAAAAACAUUUAAGUGGUAGAAAUAUAGUUGAUAUAGUAUUGGAUAGAUUAGAAUUAUCAGGAAUUCAUCAUCGACAAGCUAGUUAUGGUUCUUUAAGUUCAUUUUAUUCAAAGAAUAGUAGUAGUUUUUGUUCUUCGGGUGGUUCAACUUCUGGUUCCGCUUUAUCUUCUCGAAGACCUUCUCUGGAAUCCUUAAGUUUAGAUACACCUUCUUUGAAUUCUAGAAAAAGUUCAAUUGAAUCAGUUCAUCAAAGCAGAUUAGGUCAACCAAUUUUACGUAAACCAGCUUCAUCAUCAGCAUUAUUUGAUCGAAAAAGUAAUUCUCUUAAUGCACCAUUAAUUAUGGUACAUCGUGAUUCUAAAGUCACUUCUUCACCUGAUGAAAAAAUAGACUCAUCGAGGAUUAAAAUCAAUUCUUCACCUAUGACUCCCGUAACACCAUUAUCUAAUGUAUUUCCGAGUCAUUUGGCGUGA